AUGGAGGGCGAGGAAUGGGAGCUCUGCAAUGACGACGGCUUCAUCUACAAGCGCCGGAAGAGGAGGCAACCAGAGGAGGUACCCCAGGAGACAUCCGCGGAACCGGAGGAGGAACCUAAGAGGAACCAACUGGCCCGGAGGAAGAUCUCUCUCUUGGCCGUCAGGGAGCGGUACCGCAAGGAGAUCGAUAAGUUGGAGGGAUUGGCCGUUUCCUUGCUGGAGGGCGGUCGUUUUUGUGGUGCUGAGGGUGACGCUGGAGGUGGAGAUUUCGGAGUGACGGGGGAGGAGUCGACCCUGGAACGCAGUGCCACGGGAACUAUCUCUAGUUCUUGCCGUCAAAAGGAGGGUGAGGAUGUCGCUGAGCCUGUUAACCCAUUUCGCGCCUUGAUUGAGGAGCUCAUAUUGCAGGUCGGUGCUUUCUUUCGAGAAAAACUUUUGUAUAAUGUACAGGUGCCUUCUUUGGGAUGCAUUUUGGGUUUUUCCUCGUCCUCAAUUUUUCUGUGUUUUGUAGAUUUAAACAGAUACAUUAGUCAUUAUACUGGCUGGUUCAUGUAGCCGGGGACUGUGCAGGUGGAGGCACAGGAAGCGAUCCUGAAGAAGCUCUCGAACCUCUGUGAUAUUGCAGACUCAGUGUGCGACAUGAGGGAGGAGGCAAUGAUGGAGUCUUUGUUGGAUCUUCCUGUCUGGGAGAGCCCUCGGGCUCUCAUGGCUUCGCUGGUGGACUGA